AAACAUUUGAUGGAUGACAAUUCCUAGUGACAGCUGUCAUUCAAACUUAUUGUAGGCAACCGUAAAAUCCAAAGGAGAUACAACAAUCUAACCAUAAUUGAAAUGGAUUUCACGUCGUUAAGCGCAACAAGGAUCGAAGCAAGAGCAUAUCCUUACGAGGGCAGUGAUGUUGAGCUACGAGAGUUCCAAGGCAAACAAAGAAAACUCAAAGGUAGCCAGCAGGCAUCGCGGGAAGUGUUUGAAGCUCUAUUAGCCACUGUUGAAGGAGACGUAGGCGAACUUAGUGAUAACCUUAUUAACGCCAAUGUAACUUUUGGAGAACUAGCAUCAUUAACCGACAAAGACCUAGAACUUAUUGGGUGUAAGGAUGACAAACAACGUCAGUCACUAUUGGAAUUCUUCAAAUUAAUGCCUAAGCAAGAACGUUCCUAUACACAAAUUAAAGACUCUAAAGAAGCACAAUUGUACAAUGAUACCAUACUUAAGAGAACUUCAUCUCAUUUAGAGGCGAUGCGAUCAGCUUUGGCUGCUGCUAAUUAUAAACUUAAAAUCAUUCCAUCCGAAGAUGUUGUAGUUGGGGAGAAGAAUUUCGCGAGUCGUUUCGUAUUGGAUGCUUUAGAUGAACUGCAGCGUGUCACUAAUGAAAUUGAUUUUCAACUCAAUGAACUUGAUAAGCAAACAAAAUCGGAUUCUGUUAAUAGCAUGAAAAGUCGACUGACAUCAAAAACCUUUGGUGUUUUGCUUUCAACUGCAUUGAUUGCCUCAUUCGGAUUUUUUGUCUGGAAGACAGUCAGAAACAAAUAACCAUGGUUUUAAUGACGUCGUUAUGUAAUAAAUACACUUGAAUUUACAACAAUAUGUGAUCCUAAGAAAACAUCAAAAACAAACAGAUACAUUUUUGAGAAUUAAUAGAGUUAACUUAAAUGAAUUAUUAGUUGAAAUGAAAUAAAGUUGUGUUA